AUGAAUUCCUCCUCAGUCCUACGGGCCGAUUUAACCGGCCUAUUGCUCGAGGGGAUAUUGUUCGGGUGCUUCACUAUCCUGUACCCCAUUUCGUUAUGGAUGCUUGUCUACAAGCACAGACGUCGCGGGUAUACGAGGCUGGGAAUGUUCCUCUUCGCUAUAGUGACCACCAUGUUCCUGCUCGCGCUGACGCAUCUCACUCUCCUCGCCGAUGACGUUAUUGAGGAUUUUGCGAACCACAGUGCGGUUGCAAACGGUCCACUGAUCUUCUUGGUGUCGGGGAGCGGCCAUAGCACAACGGUCGCGAGUAUAGUCAUCCAUGCAGUGGUUUCCUGGAUAGGAGACAUUUUCAUGACCAUCGGGGAAUCCGCCUUCGGCAGGCAUGAAGAACACCCCAUCCGGGAUCCGCGCAAGACAUUCGUACAUGCCCUGCAAGGUCGCCCAGGUCGCGCUCGGACCCCCUCCGUCGACGGGCGCUCUCCGCGCCGCGGGGCGCGCUAUUCUGUGCAGGACGUGACGCCGCCGCCGCUGCCGUCCCGGGCCUGCGGCGACGGGUUUGCUACAGUGGUAACCGGCCUUUGCGUAUACGCGUUCAAGAACUCCCACCUCGAUGGCGGUGAAGCCUUAUACGCCGACAACGUAUACGCGCUAAUGACAACCUACUUGGCGCUCGUCCUGGCGAUGAAUAUAACAACGCUAGCGCUCAUCCUCGGUCAGCUCAUGCGGCACGACCGAAUGAUCCGCGAAUACCGCGUUGACGCCCCCGGCCCUACCAUGCCCUGGCGCGUAGCCCGCACGAUCGUGCAAUCGGAAGCAGUGUACUCCGCCACCAUCCUCGCAAAUCUCAUCCUCUACGUCACGCGCUCCUCAGGCUUCUUCGUCACCUCGUUUAUGCUCCCGCCGCUUGUCGGCAUCUCGUUCACGCUCAUCAUCACCCAUUCCGGCCUCGACGAGAUCAUGGGCCAGUUAAAAAUGGCCAACGACGCGGCGCACGACCUCGAAUGGGUAGUCAACAAAUCCUUGAAGGAUUCCCUGGCGACUACUAGUUUGCAAUCGUCGUGGACAGCAGUGACAGUAUCCACCUCUUCCCAGACAUCUCUCCAUGGAACUUGAAUGGAGUGUCGGGCUCUAUAACGUUGUAAGGCAUCAGAUAUAAUGCAUUGUUCCUCUCAGGCUCUCGAUCCCGCCAGGCCUGUACUAUAGUAGGCUACACAAAGCCGCCCUUAUACUCCUGUCUCGCUCCUGUCUCGCAGUGGAACGACGAACUUUGCUCGGGAUCGUGAUCUCCUCAUUACUUGGACAGAAGGUAGACUCGUCAGACGAGUCCGAAGCUUGCACUGCCGCGAUU